AUGGACGUCUUCUUCUUCUGCCGGGCUGCAGGCUGCUGCAAGGACCCGCCGGUGGAGGAGGCUCAGCCCACCUGGUGGCUUCAGACCAAGGCUGAGCCUGGCGAAGACUGUCCUGCAUCUGCACAGGAUGCCCGCCAGGACCGCGCCUCCACGACGAUCGGGCGAGAAGGCUUGGCGGCCGACGGCUUGCCUCUGGCGCUGCAUGCGCGCCUCCGGCACAUCCAGAGCGUUCAGCAGUUCCACUUGUGGCGGCUCCGGGGGCUUGAGGCCCAUGUACGCAUGUUGAGGGCAGAAAAGAUGCGCUUGGAACGUGGCGAGGGGUGCGCGUCUUCGGGCGCACCGAGCGGCCAGGCGCCGUCGGCGUCCGCGCCUGCACCAGCGGAGCAAAAGAUUCCUGUUGGAGCCGCCUCCCGGUCGCUGUCGACUGUGGCAGAAACCGAGUCGCGCGAGGAGACACCGACGGCGCAAACGCAGGCCGUAGGCGCUGCCGUUGCGUCGGAGGUUCGCGCGGAGCGGACGACGGCGAAGAAGUACGCAGGUGGGAAGUCUCCACAGCUCGAGUUCCCGACCUACGAACGCAGUGUCUCUGUAUCGACGACGCUGCCUUCGACUCCAGCGACGAAUGCGUCGUCGUGCACCGGGACACCCGCGUCGUUUACCUCGAGGAGUAUCUCACGGGAGGUCGAGGGGAGAUGCCUUCCUAGAUCCGGCCCUGCGGGCAGUGGGAAACCGGAGACGGCUCUGGGAGCGGCGCGGGCGGAAGAAAGCGCCGCCCAGAAUGCGGGCGAAACCAAAGAUGGAGCCAGUGAAGGUUUUGACCGCCGCUUCCCGGGCGCAAGUGAACAGGCCGGUUCGGUCCCACAGACUCGCCCGACAGAGGCAAACGGGACGGACUCGAAGGUGGGCGCAGAGCCCGACGCAGCAGCUGCGGUCGCGCCUCCGGCCUCGGAAGCGGAUGAGAGGCGCGUGACAACUCUGCACGCGGCCGCAGGAGAGGAGGCGAGGGCGGGGUCCGAGACAGAGAGGAAGGACGAAAGGGAGAGGAAGAACGAAAGGGAGAGGAAGGACGGAAGGGAGAGUGUAGGACCGAGAGAGAGCAGCGUGAGGGCGGAGCAGAAGUGCAUGGGGGGGGGAGCGGCGGGGAGGCGAGAAGUGACUGAUCUCACCACCCAGGUCACCGACGCUGGGGAAUUCUACCAGGAGGCAAACGACGCAGAGCGGAUUUAA